AUGGCUAGGUGUUUCUCAUCCCUUCUCCCUUGGUUCCUUAUCUCUUUGCUUGUGCUGCUACAGACACAAACGGGGAUUGGGUCAAGUGCGGAAGUGACCAAGUUGAGAGUAGGGGUACCCCAGAAACAUGGUUUCCGCCAAUUUGUGAAUGUAGUUUUGGACGACUCUCGUCCACAAAAAUACAACAUAUCUGGAUACUGCAUGGAUGUGUUCAAUGCCGUCGUAACCCGCUUACCUUUCAAUGUUUCUCUAGAUGUUGAACCUUAUCCAAUUUUUUCUAAUGCCUCGAGGAAGAGUUAUGGAACAUACGAAGCACUUCUCCAUCAGAUCCCGUCAAAGUACGAUAUUGUGGUGGGGGAUAUAACAAUCUUGGCCAACCGUUCGAAUUUCGUAGAUUUCACACUGCCGUACACAGGAUCGGGAGUUAAAAUGCUGGUAUCAGUUCAACAUGGGAGGCACCAAACCAUGUGGAUUUUCAUCAAACCCUUCAGCUGGGAUCUUUGGUUGAGCAUAAUCAUCAUUUCUACGUCCAUAGGGGUUUCCAUACUCAUCAUGGAAAGAAAUGUAAACGCGCUUCCUAAUCAAGAGGGUUCACCCAAUCGAUCUAAGCUUAGCGCUGCCACCAUCUUAUGGUUUCCAAUUUCUCAAGCCAUUCUUCCCGAAAGACAAGUGGUGGCGAAGAACUGCUCGAGAUUUGUGUUGAUGAUUUGGCUUCUACUGGCGUUCGUCCUAAUGCAAAGUUACACCGCAAACUUGACGUCUAUAUUGACUUUGGAUCAGCUGCGACCGAGUUUUCUGAACGUAAAUGAUCUAAGAAAAGAGGGUUAUUAUGUAGGGUAUCAAACGGGGUCAUUCGUUUAUGACGUGUUGGUACAGAAGUUCAAGUUUAACCCGUCCAAGUUGAAGCCAUAUAGCAACAUUUCUGAGUAUCAUCAUGCUUUAAAAUUAGGAGUCCAACGUGGGGGUGUUGCAGCUAUUUUCGACGAAGUGCCUUACCUCAAAGUGUUUCUUCAACAAUACGGAUCCAAUUACAUCUUGGCGGGCCCCACUUACAGAAAUGAUGGUUUCGGUUUUGCAUUGAGAAAGAACUCAACUCUCACGGCUUCCUUUUCGAGAGCCAUCUUGAAUGUGACUGAAAGUGACUUAAUGAAUGAAAUUGAGGAAAAGUAUUUUGGGAAGAAUGAGAUUGGAGGAGAAGACUCGUCUACGGAAAUUUCUUCGGGUCCUUUGAGUCUCACGUUUCAUAGCUUUGCAGGGUUGUUCAUGAUCACUGGGGUUGCUACGUUAUUGGCCCUAUUGGUCUCAGAAGCUGUUAUAUGGCAAAAGCCAAUUUUGAUGGCUAAAGAAUUGAGUAUGAGAUAUUUGUUCCCCACUGCACCUUCCUCACCAACACGUGUUCAUCCAACACACGGAACAGAGGAGGCCGUUUAACAAGACCUUGUCAAACAUUCCUAGAACUAGAACAUUAAAAUUACAUUAUGUAUAUAUGCCAAUAAUAGAAGGAGCAUUAUGUGUCUGAACUUUGUUGAAGACUAACUUGCAGCAUUAUGUUGCAAGUUACGACAUUGUUUGAUUAAAUCGUAUCCAGUUAUAAUAUCCUGUAUCCAACUUAUUUUAUAAUAUAUAUUGCACACCAUUAAUUUCUUUAUACUA